GAGUGUUGAAGAAAAAAACAGAGUAUUGAAGAAAAAACAGAGUAUUCACAAAGAUGCCUGCUUUAGCUUGUGUUGAUACUAGCUACGCCGCUGACGUGUACAUCCCACCGUCACAACCUUCCUCCACCGUCACCGUCGACACGUGGAGCCCCUCUCUGUCCUCCUCUCUCUACCGCAUAGACGGAUGGGGAGCUCCUUACUUCUUCGCGAACUCCUCCGGGAACAUCUCUGUUCGUCCACACGGCUCCAACACUCUGCCUCACCAAGACAUCGACCUCUUAAAACUCGUCAAGAAAGUAACUGACCCGAAACAAACCGGCGGUUUGGGGCUACAGCUUCCGGUUAUCGUCCGGUUCCCUGAUGUCUUAAAGAACCGCCUCGAGUGUCUCCAGUCCGCGUUCGAUUACGCGAUACAGAGCCAAGGGUACGAGUCUCGUUACCAAGGAGUGUAUCCGGUUAAAUGCAACCAAGACCGGUUUGUUGUGGAGGAUAUUGUUAGAUUCGGUUCUCAAUUCCGGUUUGGUUUAGAAGCUGGUUCUAAACCGGAGAUCCUCUUAGCCAUGAGUUGUUUGUGUAAAGGUAACACUGAUGAGGCGUUUCUUGUAUGUAACGGCUUUAAAGACGCGGAGUAUGUUUCCUUGGCGUUGCUUGGGAGGAAGCUAGCGUUGAACACUGUGAUUGUGUUGGAGCAAGAAGAGGAGCUUGAUUUGGUUAUUGAUCUGAGUCAGAAGAUGAAUGUGAGGCCUGUGAUUGGUUUAAGAGCUAAGCUUAGGACAAAACACUCUGGUCAUUUCGGUUCAACUUCUGGUGAGAAAGGGAAGUUCGGUUUAACUACCACUCAGAUAGUUCGUGUUGUGAAGAAACUUAAGGAAGUUUGUAUGCUUGACUGUCUCCAGCUUUUGCAUUUUCACAUUGGCUCGCAGAUUCCAUCUACUUCGUUGCUGUCUGAUGGUGUCUCCGAAGCUGCUCAGCUCUACUGUGAGCUGAGCCGCCUCGGCGCGGAUAUGAAGGUUAUAGACAUUGGUGGUGGCUUAGGUAUUGACUACGACGGGUCUAAGUCCGGAGAGAGUGAUCUCUCCGUGGCUUAUACCCUCGAGGAGUACGCGGAAGCUGUUGUGGCCUCUGUUAAGUUUGUGUGCGAGAGGAGAUCGGUGAAGCAUCCGGUGAUAUGCAGCGAGAGUGGGAGAGCUAUAGUCUCUCAUCACUCAGUGCUGAUCUUUGAAGCUGUCUCGGCCGUUAAACCGACGGUUCAACAAGCUAACCACGGUGAUAUUCAGUUCUUACUCGAAAGCGACGGAGGUGAUUACGAGGAGCUGUAUUCUGCUGUGAUGCGUGGAGAUCACGAAAGGUGUUUACUCUAUGUUGAGAAGCUCAAGGAGAGAUGUGUUGAAGGGUUUAAAGACGGUGUUAUGAGCAUUGAGCAGUUAGCUUCUGUUGAUGGGUUAUGUGAAUGGGUUUUGAAAGCUAUCGGCGGGUCGGAUCCGGUUCAGAUUUACAAUAUUAACCUCUCGGUUUUCACUUCGGUUCCGGAUCUUUGGGGGAUUGAACAGCUGUUUCCUAUAGUCCCCAUCCAUAAGCUUGACCAAAGGCCGGGGACACGUGGCGUCUUGUCGGAUUUAACGUGUGACAGUGAUGGGAAGGUUGAUAAGUUCAUAGGUGGUGAGUCUAGCUUGCCGUUGCAUGAGCUAGACGGUUGUGGAGGAAGGUACUUCUUGGGUAUGUUUCUUGGAGGGGCUUACGAGGAGGCGCUAGGUGGAGUUCAUAACUUAUUUGGUGGGCCGAGUGUUGUUCGGGUAAUGCAGAGUGAUGGGCCUCAUAGCUUUGCUGUGACUAGAGCCGUGCCUGGUCAGUCCUCUGCUGAUGUUCUACGUGCAAUGCAGCAUGAGCCGGAGAUGAUGUUUGAGACGUUAAAGCACCGAGCAGAGGAAGUGAUGAUGAUGCAUACCAAAGAUGAUGAAGAUGAGUUCGGUGAUGUCGCGGCUUGUCUUGAUCGUUCGUUCCAUAACAUGCCGUAUCUUGCGACCGAGGAGGCGUCUAUGAGUAACUCUCUUUCGGAUGCGGUCAGUAACCUUGGCUUUUACUACUGUGGUGAUGAAGACGGUUUUGACUAUCUUUCUGCAUGAGGAAAAGGUGGUCGUGUAUUACUAUUAUCGUAUAUGUUUCUUUUUAAUAAAUUGCUAAAAUAAUGACUUGGUGGUAGUAUAUAUCCAUCAUUGUCUAAUAAUGUCUUUUGUUUUAAUUAGAGGAUCCGAAUGAUGAAAGUCCUUUUGUGAAAUUCGGAUCUUUGUAUGUUAUUUGAUGUUUUAAAUGUAAACGUUCUUGUUUCAUUAAAUAUAUUUGUUAUGCAUAGUGAUACAAGUUCUUUCAUU